CAAUCAGCAUCUCGCAAGAAAUUAAGUAAAAACACACUAGCUAGCGAGUAGUAUCUAAAAUGGCGACUAGCAUUCUAGAAAAGCUUGCUGUGGCAACUUUCGCUGUAGCCCUAACUAUGGGCAUGAUCAGUUUCGCCGCCGCGUUCAACGCGGGAGCCUACAACUGCGUGGACGUGACCGUGCUACCGGAUUCCGAUCUGUACAAGGCCAGGCAUAGCGUCCUCGACGACAUGGUCGGCAGCACCGCACCCGAAAGCAACGGUUACUACUGCACCACCUCAACCGUCGGGGGCUCAGUCGCGUUCGGCCACGCUACUUGCGACCCAAGUAAACUGUCGGAAUGCAACGACUGCCUCAAAUAUGCUCGAGAGUUCUUGGACCACAUCUGCAAGUACUCCAUCGGCGGCCAGGUUGUGGUCGGAGAUCUUCUCGACUGCUCCAUGCAUUUUGAUGCUCGUCCCAUCUCCGAAUGUGCUACCUAGAAUGAUCCUGUUGCAAAAGUGAAAGUGCUUGGGUUUUGGUCGGAUUUUCAGAGUAGUUGAGUUUCCGCUGGGUGUGUAACUAACUGUAAACCGACACAACUGGGCAGGUGGAUGAUGAAUAAGUGAAAGUGUUCAAAAGAGCCGGGGGCCUGCUUUUUAAGCCCGCGACUAUUUUAGCGAAAAAUAGCCCGAAUUCUCAAAUGACAGCAUGAAAUAUAUAACAUUUUAAAUA